CGGCCGCGCCGGGGCCGGGGCCGGGGCCGGGGCCGCGAUGGAGCGAGGCGCGGCCGCGCUGAUCCGCGAGGGCUGGUUCCGCGAAACGUGCCGGCUGUGGCCGGGACAGGCCAUGUCGCUGCAGGUGGAGGAGCUCCUGCACCACCAGCGCUCCCGCUACCAGGAGAUCCUCGUGUUCCGCAGCACCACCUACGGCAACGUCCUGGUCCUGGACGGGGUGAUCCAGUGCACGGAGCGCGAUGAGUUCUCCUACCAGGAAAUGAUCGCCAACCUGCCCCUCUGCAGCCACCCCGACCCCCGCAAGGUGCUGAUCAUCGGUGGUGGUGACGGGGGAGUGCUUCGAGAGGUGGUGAAACACCCAACCGUGGAGUCCGUGGUGCAGUGUGAGAUCGAUGAGGAUGUGAUCCAGGUAUCUAAGAAAUACCUCCCAGGGAUGGCAGUGGGGUAUUCCAGCGCCAAGCUGACCUUGCACGUGGGAGAUGGUUUUGAGUUCAUGAAACAAAAUCAAGAAGCCUUUGAUGUGAUUAUCACGGAUUCGUCUGACCCCAUGGGUCCUGCAGAAAGCUUAUUCAAAGAAUCUUACUACCAGCUGAUGAAGACAGCCCUGCGAGAAGAUGGGAUUCUUUGCUGCCAAGGUGAGUGCCAGUGGCUGCACCUGGAUCUCAUUAAGGAGAUGCGUCAGUUCUGCAAGUCUCUGUUCCCGGUGGUGGAAUACGCCUAUUGCACCAUCCCCACGUAUCCCAGCGGGCAGAUUGGCUUCAUGCUCUGCAGCAAGAACCCGAACACGAAUUUCCGGGAGCCUGUGCAGCAGCUGUCGCAGCAGCAAGUAGAGGAGAGGAGUCUGAAGUACUACAACUCUGACAUCCACCGGGCAGCUUUCAUCCUGCCAGAGUUUGCACGGAAGGCCCUGAGUGACGUGUGAGACUGAGAAGCUGCUUCCUUCCUUCAAGUUGGACCCUGAGAUCGUCAGUGAGGUGGUUGGGACCUUCCCAGCAGACUGCAGAUUUGUUCUCCACUGUGUGGGAUUGUUUAACCCUUUGCCAGCCAACAUUCCCUUUGAUGAUGUGUUAAAGAUGAUGGGGCACAAGCCAGAUAAGACUAUUGAAAAGGUCCAGUGACUUAUUGUGCGAGGUCAAAACUGUUCUUUCCAGUGCUGGAAACGUAAGAUGUCUUUUCCCUUUCUCUCCUCCCUGCACCCAUUCUAAAUUCUGCCCUGCAACUGACAUGAUGUAUUUAUAACUGACACGUAUUUCUGUCCAGUGAUCUUCUGAAACCUGGGAAGAGUCCAGAAGGGUCACUGACUCAGCCUUAAGCACAGAGAGCGAGAGCUUUGUGCACAGUUAGCUUGCCCUCCCCUAACAGGAGCUCCCUGCUGCUGAGAUGUUUUGACUGGUAACGGGUCUGAGCCUUCGCGUCCCACUGCCCUUCUGCAACACCUGCACUGUUCUGCAGCAACGGCUGGAGAAGUCACAGUGCAAACUGUUGCCAUUCACAAUAGGUCUCCCUCCAACCCUGAUGGAGUAGCAGUAUUAAACACGAGCCAGGCAGGCUGUGGCAGCAAAGUCUUGUGGCUUUUUCUUGUUUUAAAUAGGUUGGAAGCAGAAGUGCCGAGGUACCGACAGGCUGCCCCUGUUCUCACCUCUGCCGCCAGAGGGGUUCCAAAGAAUGUUUUAUCCAUAUGGUGACAGGCGCUUUAUAUCUAUAAAUAUAAAUAUAUAUAUAUAUAAAACAAACCUUAGCUCCAUUGCCUACUGUGAAGUGCUGCUGCUGGGGAGUCACUUGUGCUGACAAAUCUCUCAUCUCCGUCACGCUGAGAAGCCUCAGGCCUGGGAAUUUGCUAGUCCUCGGGAGGCGCCGUUGUUCCCAACGCUCCCCCCGGAAUCCCCAGGUGUGUGAGGUGGUUUUCGUUGUGCUCUGUGGGAUGGACCUGCCCCCACUUCCUGACGUGUGUGUGUGUGAAAGGCUCUGCAGCUCUGCUGUGCAGUGGGCACCUUCCAGCACAAGCACCGCGCGGCCGGCGCUCCCUCGCGAUCGAUUAAACACUCGGCUCUGGUUAAGGUGA